AUGAUUACGGAUUCUCUGGUCAAAACCGAAGCCGUACGCUCUAAGCGUCGGGCAGGAUUCCGGGGCCAGGACGUUGCUCGGCUGAUCGAAAAACUCAAUGCUAUAAGAUUUCACUGCUUUAAAAGAUAUCUGCACGGUUCCCCGGGACACUGGUCUUUCAUCCUCCGAAUGAUGGGGGUAACCGAUGCAGUCGGUAUGAUACCGAAAGGUAGAGGAACCUUGGUAUGGCCUGAUGAGGAGAGGUUUUUAAAAAGCGAGGUUCCAUGGUGGAAGUCUGAACCGGGGUACAUGGAAAGGCUCAAGAAGUGCCUGGAAAUAUAUCCGGACGGGAUGCGCUUCGAGAGCGAUCAACAGCAGUACGAGUAUUGGGUAAUCCAGUGA